AUGAUUGGAAAGAUAAGAAGCGUACUAUUGAAGAAGUCUGAAACAAAAUCUUUGAAUAGCAAACCAAAUCUCGAGGAAGUAAUUGAAAAACAUAGAAAUUAG